UGGGCUGGGCUGGGCUUGCUUGCUCAUCCAUCCAUGUCCUGCCCUCCCACCUCCCCUUGAGAAAGGCAGAAUUCAGCGUGGUGGGGAUUUCGAUUUUCCACGGACUUCUCCACAGCGUCUGUAGGAGGAGGAGGAGGAAGGAGGACCAGAAGGAGCACCAGGAGGCCCAGAGUGUGAUAUUGUGUGCAAGGAAGCGUCAGGCAGUGGGAAGGUACAGCUUGCUCCUGCUCGAGUCGGGCCGACCGAUACUUCGUUGAUAGAUCUGAAGUUUGAUUACGGGAUUGGUGUAGCUUGUUAAAAAUGGCGGGGACACUUGCGCAGUCCUCUAUACUGCCCUUGAAGGUAGUAGGGCUGGAUAAUGGACAACUACGGGGCUGCCGCAAGGCAAGAAGAGCUAGGGUGACAUCCGCAGGAAUGGUUGGGUUGAACCUUAGGUCAACUUCUGGUACAUCAUGCUCUGCAUCCGGCAGGAGGUUGCAAUCCUUCACAGGAAUGAGGCGUGCCACUGCUGUGGAUUCUCUGGCCGUCAAGUCCGGACGAGACUUCCACUCUGUUCUAGACGCAGCAUUAUCGGUCCCCGGAGGAGUAGCUUCGCGCGGAGUUGUAGUCGCCAUGUUCGAGCGGUUUACUGAGAAAGCUAUUAAGGUUAUCAUGCUUGCACAGGAAGAGGCCCGGCGACUUGGUCACAACUUUGUCGGAACUGAACAAAUAUUGUUGGGACUUAUCGGUGAGGGUACCGGCAUAGCUGCAAAGGUUUUGAAGUCUAUGGGCGUCAACCUGAAGGAAGCUCGUGUUGAAGUUGAGAAGAUUAUUGGUCGUGGUAGUGGGUUUGUAGCCGUGGAAAUUCCUUUCACACCCCGUGCCAAGCGGGUUCUCGAACUAUCUCUCGAAGAGGCCAGACAACUCGGCCACAACUAUAUCGGAACCGAGCACUUGCUACUUGGUCUUCUUCGGGAAGGAGAGGGUGUUGCCGCCCGCGUACUUGAGAAUUUAGGCGCUGACCCCAGCAACAUCCGCACUCAGGUAAUCCGUAUGGUCGGUGAAAGUACGGAAUCAGUUGGUGCUGGAGUCGGAGGUGGCAGCAGCAGUAACAAAAUGCCUACCUUGGAGGAGUAUGGAACAAACCUGACCAAGCUUGCUGAGGAUGGCAAACUCGACCCUGUCGUGGGUAGACAAGCACAAAUUGAACGUGUCACUCAGAUUUUAGGACGAAGGACGAAGAACAACCCAUGUCUUAUUGGGGAGCCCGGUGUUGGAAAAACUGCCAUUGCUGAGGGUCUUGCCCAGCGUAUCGCCGCGGGUGAUGUCCCCGAAACCAUUGAAGGAAAGAAGGUCAUCACUCUCGACAUGGGUCUACUUGUCGCUGGGACGAAGUACAGAGGUGAGUUCGAGGAGAGGUUGAAAAAGUUGAUGGAAGAAAUCAAGCAAGCCGAUGACAUCAUUCUCGUCAUUGACGAAGUCCACACCCUUAUUGGAGCGGGAGCCGCGGAGGGUGCUAUUGAUGCAGCGAAUAUAUUGAAACCAGCUCUUGCUAGGGGUGAACUUCAGUGUAUCGGUGCUACCACACUUGACGAGUACCGCAAGCACAUCGAGAAGGACCCGGCGCUUGAGCGUCGUUUCCAGCCCGUCCAGGUACCAGAACCCACCGUGGACGAGACCAUCCUUAUCCUGAAAGGUCUACGCGAACGAUACGAAAUCCAUCACAAGCUCAGAUACACCGACGAGUCUUUGGUUGCAGCUGCCCAGCUGUCCUACCAGUACAUCAGUGACCGAUUCUUGCCUGACAAGGCCAUCGACUUGAUCGACGAGGCAGGGUCGAGAGUUCGUCUGAGACACGCCCAGCUGCCUGAGGAGGCUAGGGAGUUGGAUAAGGAGCUUAGAACAAUCACCAAGGAGAAGAACGAAGCUGUUCGUGGCCAGGACUUUGAGAAGGCUGGAGAACUUCGUGACAGAGAAAUGGAACUCAAAGCGCAGAUUGCCGCUAUCACGGAGAAGGGCAAGGAGAAGUCGAAAGCCGAAAGCGAGGCCAACGAGCAAGGCCCCAUGGUUACUGAAGCAGAUAUUCAACAGAUUGUCUCAGCAUGGACUGGUAUUCCUGUUGAGAAGGUAUCAACUGACGAAUCUGACCGGUUGCUGAAGAUGGAAGAAACUCUCCACCAGCGUGUCAUUGGACAGGACGAAGCAGUGAAGGCCAUCAGUCGCGCUAUUCGUCGAGCCAGAGUUGGUCUGAAGAACCCGAACAGGCCAAUAGCCAGCUUCAUCUUUUCCGGACCUACUGGUGUCGGUAAAUCAGAGCUAGCUAAGGCUUUGGCCUCGUACUACUUCGGUUCAGAAGAGGCUAUGGUUAGGUUGGAUAUGUCUGAGUUCAUGGAGCGACACACUGUUUCUAAGCUCAUCGGAUCACCCCCAGGUUACGUCGGGUACAGCGAGGGUGGUCAACUCACUGAAGCUGUGCGCAGGAGGCCAUACACUGUUGUUCUCUUCGAUGAGAUUGAGAAAGCUCACCCAGAUGUUUUCAAUAUGAUGCUUCAGAUUUUGGAGGAUGGUAGACUGACAGAUAGUAAGGGUCGCACUGUUGACUUCAAGAAUACUCUUUUGAUUAUGACCUCUAACGUUGGAAGUAGCGUGAUCGAGAAGGGAGGUGGUGGCAUUGGUUUCCAGCUUGACUACGGCGAGAAGGAUAGCAGUUACAACAGAAUCAAGAGUCUGGUCAACGAAGAGUUGAAGCAGUACUUCCGACCCGAGUUUUUGAACAGGCUGGAUGAAAUUAUCGUCUUCAGGCAACUCACCAAGUCUGAAGUGAAAGAAAUUGCGGACAUUAUGUUGAGGGAGGUGUUUGAGCGGUUAAAGAAGAAGGAGAUUGAUCUCCAGGUAACGGAAAGGUUUAGGGACCGAGUUGUCGACGAGGGUUACAGUCCCAGCUAUGGUGCCAGGCCCUUAAGGAGAGCUAUCAUGCGGUUGUUGGAAGACAGUAUGGCCGAACGAAUGCUUGCGGGAGAGAUCAAGGAGGGAGACUCUGCUAUUAUUGACGUCGACUCAGAGGGUGGAAUUACUGUAUUGAACGGAACCACUGGUACAGCUUCUAGUUCAGCCAUUGAGACCACACCCGCUGGCAUUUCUUAGAUAGAAUUAAUAUGUGGUCAGUUUUUGGCCUUGUGAGUUAUAAUUGCCACCAACGUGUGGCCAGAAAAGUCAGGAAAACAUCCACACUUUUGGUGUGUAACAAAAUUAUCAUCUUUUACACUGCCGCUAGAAGCCUACCAUGAACAGUGAGAAUGGAGGAAGCAGCAAGUAUAGUGAGAUGAUGUUGUAUUAUGGCCUUGAUCCUCCCAUGACUGAUUCAAAGAAAUUGGUGCCCCUAUGUGAUUACGGCGGAUGAUGGUUAUCACCAAUCCAACCCAGACAAGAAUACCUGAAUCAAAUGCGCUGUGUUUGUACAGCAGCCCCAACUUCCCAUAAUAUAAGACAGUUGUCCUUACAUUUCUGGAGUUCAUUUUUAUUAAGGGUUUCUUUUGAAAAGCUGUUGGAGUUUCCUCUCUCACGAAAGAAAGUAUCGCGGUGUUUGAUGCCGGCCGGUUAAAACGGAACAGUGUGGUCUUAUCAAGGCUGCCAGCACCCGACCUGUGAAGGACUUGUGUUGACUGUGUGAUGUGUCGAUGACCUCUUGGGAAGAAAUACCAAGGGAGAAUGAAAUGUCCUUCAACGAAUGAACAUGGAAUGUGGCAGAAAGGUGCAGCAUUCAUUGAUGCAUUAGCAGAGUGUUGAACCUUACGUUGAUACAGUAGACGCAUGAGAAGAUUACCUUCUGCACUCAAGUAAGUUGCCGCUCUGUCUAAAACAGAACUAUCAAAGUACUGUUCAUGGACUGCCAAAGUUGUGCAUUCACAGGGAACAGAUUUCUAUUUUGUCAUGGACGAGAUUCGUAUCUAUGAUCGACAGACGUUG